ACCGAAACUCCUCCGAUAAGUCGCCUGCCAGCGAGGUAUUCCCGGAGUCUUGCCGUCAGAAACAACGCCGUUUUCUGGAUUUCUGGUUGGGGGUAGGGGCAUGUCGCCGAGCUAUCCUGUGGCGUCGCCGGCGUCUGCCGGGGCUGCCGAGGCUGCAUCGACAACACCACAGACCCAUCAACAUGCAACCCUCUCUCCGCAUCAACACCCGCCGCAUCACCAGUUUGACAAUGGCGGCUUGUCAUCGUCAGUGGCCCAGUCCGCUACUGCUGCCGAAGCAGCAGCAGUGGCGGCAGCAGCAACAACAAUCCACCAAGGCUUGCGAGCUCUCCAAGCUGCGCCUGCCGUUGCCGGCGCCGCGCCCGGACAGAGUCCGGUGACGCAUCAGUAUCCGCCGCCGCUGCAUCCUCAUAAUGAUUCCCACUACUCACCGGGGACUUCGCUCUCGCCAGCCCAGCAACAUCACAAGGGAACCAGGCUUCGACGGGCCUGCGAUAUGUGCAGCCAGCGCAAAGUCAAGUGUGACGAGUCCGGUCCUCCCUGCCGCCAGUGCCUCGACCUGAAAGUCGAGUGCACCUUCAAUCGAGAAAUGAAACGGCGUGGCCCACCGAAUAAGCACGCCGAAGCCGCGAAGGCAGCCAAGCGACCAAGACUGGAACCGAACCUGGGCCCGUCACCCCACACUGCUGCAAGCACCCUGAUCUCCAUCGCUGCGAAUCCCGGGUCUGCCGUGAUCGGGAGCGCGCUGGAUGCCGAGCUGAUCGCCCCGUGGCCGGUUCUAGAGCUCCUGGUGGACGACUUCUUCACCUACAUCCACCCGCUUACCCCGUUCCCACACGAGCCCACCUUCCGAGAGUCGUUCCGGAACCGAGAAGACCGCACUAGCUGCGAGUUCCUGGCCCUGCUCGCGAGCAUGAUCGGCUUCCUGGUGGCCUCGUUCCCUCGGACGGCGAGGCUCCACCUCAAGAAACAGCACAGCGGCAACCUUUUCCCCCGUGCAAUCACCAUGAUAGAGAGGUGCCGUCUCGUGGCUCUCGAAGCGCGGGGUCCUCUGUUCACAAGCAAGGACGAGGUCACAGUCUACGAUGCUGCUACGAGUUAUUUCCUGGGAGUGGCUGCUGCCUACACCAUGCAUUACAAGAUUUGUCGCAGAUUCAUGGCCGAGACCAUGAACUUCAUUCGGGAGCUGGGCUAUCACCGACCCCCUGACGUGGGCUCUUCCAUGUUUCAUGUCACUUAUCGUGGCCCGGGGUUUGACCAUGUCAAAGACCAGAUUGGGAAACGUAUCUUUUGGGUUAUGUUUCUGGGUAUUCGUUCUGUUUCCCAGCUUGGAACACACACAGAGAUAGCUCUCCCCCCACCAACGCCGAGCGACCCCUACCCCGAGUUUCCCGCAGAGGUGGAUGACCAGUAUAUCCUGCAGCAUCAAAUUCUCGGCCAGCCAGAGGGGACGAUCUCGCUUCUGACCGGGUUCAACCAGGCCAUCAAGAUCUACAUGACGAUGAAUGGCUUGGUUAGUGUUGAGCUGUCGUACGGCAUUACAUCUCUCCCCUGGCCAGACCAGAAGAACAUGCUCGUCGACUGCCUGCAGGCCGCCAAGCAAGUCAUGGAUGACCUGCCUCGGGAGCUGACCCUGGAGACUUCCACACCGCAAGGCGGUGGUCCUUCCUCAUCCAGCACGGGUACCCCCAACGCGUUUCCCGCUCCUUCGUCCGACAUGUUCGACGACGCCCCCGGCUACCAAUACCAGCCGCCAGCCUUCCCGGCGGCGCAGCCUCCCAACGACAUCAGGCACGUCAUCGUGGCGCACCCCAUGCGCCGCAGACUCUUACAGUACGAGAUCCAGAAGGCCAACAUCUACGCGUCCCAGCUGGCCACACGCUCGUACUACGUCGAGCGCUACCUCAACCUCCGCGACGUCCACCGGGAGCACUCGCGCAACCAGGCGGUCUACGCGGGCGGCGGCGGCGUCAACGGCGGUUUUGGCUCUGCGGACGAUCACCAGGGCAACAAGGACGCAGUCGCGGCGGCGGCGGCGGCUGUGCACGCGGCGGCGGAGCAAUCGGACCCCGUGGACGGGGCCAUGACGUCAGAGCGGGAGCACAUCGUGCACAACCUGGUCGAGGUGCUCACGUCGAUCCCGCAGCGGAACCUGGAGCCCAACGGGGCAUCGGUCAUCACCAAGAUCCGGCAGGUGGCGUCGACGCUCCUCAACGACGCGCCCGAGCGCAAGGGCCCCGUCGCCGUCAAGGCGGACGAGUACCUGCACGGCUUCGUCGGCAUCCUCAUGCGGCUCGAGAAGACGGGGCCCGGGACGGGCAGGCACGGCGGGCAGUUCGGCGGGGCCAUGUCCGGGGGAGGGGGCGCCAUGACGCCGCAGGACGAGGAGGAUGAGCUGCGCAGCUGGGCGGACCUUCGGGAGUUCCAGCUGCGGCUUAUGCAGCACGGAGGGUUCUUGGGCAUAUGAAACCUCCUGACUUGCCUCGUGGUUUGCAGAGGUGCCGCCAGCAUGGGCGGCGAAUUAUCCUCCGUUUAUUGCUGAACAAGCAUUACUAUUACGAUAAUAUUGGGUCACAUUUUCUUAUUUUGGUGGUCUACAUUUGUCUUCCUCUCGUCCUCACCGCCGUCGUUGUCUCUCGGUCGAUGUCCCAAUCUUGCUCCGUUCGGGCCUAGGUGCCGGACAAGGAGACCAGUCUGCCCAACGGGGAAACGGUGUGAUGAAGCAGACGGGCGACGUUAUUUUCUCGAGUUGCAGAUUCAACGGCGUCAUAAGGUACUCAAAAAUAGUGUCGGUAGAUAGAGAGGCAAUAACAAUGUUUGCCUGCAUCGGCCCCGAUUCCUACCUCGCCUGGAGACUUGCCGAAACAUGCAUGUUGGCGACUUGAUCUAGCAAGGCUCGCGGUGACGUCAAUCAUAAAUGAG